UUGUGAUUUUGUUUGACUGUAGAGCGCUGGACAAACCACAGUGGCAUGACUUACUUCCAUGCAAGCUGGGAAUAUGGUUCUGUCUCACUGUGAAAGCUUUGCCUCAGCUAUUCCAGGAUGCCAGACAAUUAUAUGUAGAAUAUAAAGAAACAAAAAUGAAGGAGAAAGAAGAUGCCCUGGCUAAGGCUGAACUUGAAACACUUCAGAAGGAGAAGAAGCCUAAAGUCAAGAAACCAAAAUCUGAAUUCCCUGUAUACAGUGUUCUGGAAUCAAGUGCUUAUGUACCAUCCUAUGACCAUGGAGCUUCUAUAGAAGAGAUUGAGGAACAGAUGGAUGACUGGUUGGGAAACAGGAACAGAACACACAAAAAGAAGGCAAGUACAAAAUCUUUAAUAUAGUUAUAUAUUUCAAAU